GGCGCGCUUGGCGGCUCGGAGGAGGACUACGCGAAGCGGGUGCUGCUGCUCUUCCGCCGCUUCCCGACCGAAGAGGUCAAGCAGUUUGCGCUGAACUUUUGCUUCGUCUGGGAGCUCCGGCCGGAACAGCACUUGCAAGAGAACAGCAACAACGAGGUCCAGGACGAGGGCGUGCGCUUCGACAAGGCGGACUUGGAGGCGGCUCGGGCCACGCACGUCCGCGGCGCGGGCGGGCUGGGCUCCGAAAACUUUGACGAACAAGACAGCGAGCAGGAGGACGAGGCCGCGGCGACGCGGCUGUGCGUCAUGACCAAGCAGAUGUUCGACUUGCCCCGGGCCGCGUGGAGGAAGAGCGGGGCCGACGCCUCGCCCGGCCAAGGCGCGCCAGCGCAAAACGAGCAGCUCGACCACAACGC